UUUAACCCUUACACCCACUAUCAAACAUGGCAGACAACAAUGGGUUUCUCUUUGGAGCAGACCAUCCUCUCUAUUGCAUUAAGCAUUGGAAGGACGACAUUUUCAUUGUGUCCGGAGGCGGUGGCAAAGCAAAGACUGGGAUUAAGAACAAAGUGAGUUUUCAUCGUCUCCUUACAACUAAUGGAAACCAGUCGGUCAGCAGUCGCUCGUACUAUUCAAGUGAUUGUCUCUGCCAGCGUGAGACCGGGUUUGAUCUACUAAUGCAGUUCUCAAUCAGCCCGAAAGACGCAUCAGUACUUGCUGCCAGUGUUGAAUCAGACUGUAAACUUUAUUCUAUCAAAGAGAAAGAAAGCGGAGACUCAGGAGAAGAGAAAGAAGCUAAAGUUGAGUCUUUGACUUACACGGACAAGGAGAAAGAGAUCGAAGAAAGUGAGAAAGAGAGCAAAGAAAGUGAAGAGGAGAAUGUAAAAGAGAAUGAGGAAGAGGAAGGAGAUUCGUCUAAAGAGGAUGAUGAAGUUGAUGAAGACGGUGAGCUCGAUUUGUUCGAACUAAAUGAGACAGCUGCUGUUACUAGUGAUGAACACAGCAAGGACCCGUCUCAAAACGUCGUCAGGUUCUCGUUUGACGGCUCACACGUUUUGACUGGCGGAGAUGACGGCUGCUUGAGGAUAUGGAAACUCCCAGAUUUGAAGGCUGUAGUUUCGAGUAGAGCACAUAAAGGAGAAAUCACUGAUAUUGCUGUCCAUCCAUCUAAAGAGCUCAGUGUUUCCAUAUCUCGUGAUGGUGUUGCUAAGGUGUGGGAGGGACUGGAUGAUAAAGAGGAAGUAACAGAGUUUACAGCUGCAAAGGACUAUCGUUUUAGAGCUUGUGGGUUUUCUAAUUAUAAGGAUGUACAGGAAUUUUUUACUAUCAGCUCUCCGAUAAAAUGGAAGAACAGGUCACGUCAGUACUGCUACCUCACUAAAUGGGACACACAAAAAUGGAAGACACUAAAAUCAACAAGUACUGGUACCACAAUGCUAACUGCAAUGACUAUAUAUGAACAGUACAUUGGGAUUGGAGAUGCAAGUGGAGGCCUCUUUGUCUACACUACAAAUUUGAAAGCGUUUUUGAAGAUACUUAGCGUACAUUCAUCAUCAGUAACUGACCUGUGCUUUAUGUCACAUGACAAAGGAGAAGAAAAAGAAAAAGAGUUAGUGUUGUUGAGUGUUUCUGUUGAUAGAAGCUGCUACAUCAAUGAAGUAAAGCAGAAAGGUAAUUGGUGGUCAAAGUACUUGAUAUUAUUGACAGUGGUCGUACUUUUGCUGGCAAUAUUUGCUGAAUCUAUUUGGACAUUUUAAAUCUCUUGUAUUGUUUUUCUUUGUAUAAUCAUAGAUAGAUCAAUAAAAAUCA